AUGACUAGUCUGAGAAAAAGAUUUGUAGCAGGUAAAGUAGAGGAAAGCAGUUUUGAUUAUAUUGGAUUUAGAGUCAUACAACAAUCCAGAGAAAUUUGCCUAGACCAAUGUAAGUAUGUAGGAAAUAUAAAGAGUCAAAAUUUAGAUUCAAAACGGCUCCAACACAAAGAAGAUAUACUUACAGCUGAAGAACAGUCAAUCUAUAGACAAAUUAUUGGUCAGAUAAACUGGGCUGUACAGGGAACUAGACCAGACAUGGCAUUUGAACUUAUAGAUUUAAGUACCAAAUUAAAGCAAGCAACCGUUGGUGAUUUGUUAAGGGCAGUAAAAGUAGUCAACAGACUGAAAGAUGUAAGAUCUUUCCUUUCAUUCCCAAGACUUAGCAGCAAUGUCAGUGAUUGGAGAAUUGUGGUGUUCACAGAUGCCUCUCUAUGUAACAUCAAUGAUGGGACUGGAAGUACUGCGGCUUUUGUUAUAUGGUUAGCUGACACACAGGGAAGAUGUUGCCCAUUAGAUUGGCAUACAAACAAGAUUAAACGAGUUGUUCGAUCGACAAUUGCUGCUGAAGCGCUAAGUUUACAAGAAGAACUUGAAAGUGGCUAUUACUACAGACAAAUGCUGGAGGACAUUAUGAAGCUUCAACGUAAAACUAUACCAAUAAUAGCUUAUGUGGACAAUAAGAGUGUCAUUGAUGCUGUGCAUUCCACCAAGUUAGUUGAUGACAAGCGUCUGCGGGUCGACAUAGCAGCCAUUAGUGAAUCCCUGUCCAGAAGAGAAGUUAAUGAGAUACGGUGGUGCCCGGGAAAACAUCAUCUCGCCGACUGCAUGACCAAACGAGGAGCUUCUGGCUACAGUCUGCUGGAAGUAUUCCAUGGAGGGCGAUUUUUAGAAGAAUUUAAGAUAUAG